ACAGCAAAAAAGAAAACACAAACAUACACAUUCAGCUACCGUUUUGCUGGUUCCAAAUGAAAUUUCGUUUAUAAACGUUAUCUAUACAUCGCUUAUCUAUUACAAAAUCCGUGCAUGCGGUAAAGCAAACUGAUAAACUGGUCAUAAACAUAAUCGUCGUCACAAAAGCUAGCAUAUUUUGUGCAUGCUGAAUGAGCCCGCGAAACCGGUUCAAAUUGUUUCUAGUGGAAGGGGUGAAGCUGGGAGGUUCGGUGACUAAUUUUGACAUAAUCGUCCUUGCGAAGUUCGUACGUGCAUGUGCAUUUCAGCGUAUGGUGAAUGUAACAUUGCAACAUAUAUAUUACGGUAGAUCAACGUUGGAGUGAUCUACAGAAUUGGUAGCGUCGCAGACAAACCAGGAUAUUUCCACCAUCAGCAUGACAAACGAAAACGAUGAUCUCGCCAUCACAAGUUGUGAUCGGUGCCCGCGAAUGGUCGCAUUUGGUAACAUUCUACUUGAUAUCAGCGUCGAGCUGAAGGAUGGGACAAUUUUGAAUGAUUUCGAUCUGAAACCGGAUGAUCAAAGGGAAGUUCCUGCAGACAAACUUGCUGCCCUUGUCUCCGUUGCCGUAGAAACCUGCGGUAAUCCAAUCUACAACCCUGGUGGUUCCGCACUUAACACAUGCCGUAUAUUGCGUGCCCUUGGAGAAAAAAAUAUAAUUUUUUGCGGAGCGGUCGGUGUUGAUGAGAAUGGCCAAAUAUUGCAACAAAUCUUAAAGGAUUGUGCACUAAAUACAUGCAUACAAACGUUGCCUGAUGAAAUGACUGGAACAUGCAUGUGCCUCAUCAGUGGUGACAAGCGGAGUCUGAACGCGAACAUUGGUGCUUCGCUACAUUUCAAGAAAGAAUUUGUAAGUUCGCGCUGGUGCCAGUCAAAGAUCGGUGUUUGCAAAUCAGCCGCACACACAAAUAUUGACGAAGACAUGCGAAUUUUCUACAUCGAAGGGUAUUUCGUGCCGGAAAAAUUUCACAUCUGCACGUACAUCUAUGAACAAUACUGCAAGGGAACAGCAAACCUGCUGGUAACCAAUUUGAAUGCAUCGUACAUACUGCAGGAAUUCACGGCAGAGAUGCGCUUUCUCGUGGAGCAUGCCGAUCUGGUGUUUGGAAAUUUGGCGGAAUUCAUUGCACUGGCACAGAUUUACCACUGUGACGACGUGGACGCAUUGGCUCGGUUACUGAUAAAGCCCUACCGAAAAUAUAACCGUAACAAGAUUCUCAUUGCAACUGAUGGUUGUCGUAGCGUUCGGUUAUACUAUGGUGCGGGCUCAAAAUUCAUAGCAGAAAGCUACCCAGUACCGGUUAUACCAGCGAACACCGUGGUCGAUACAACCGGGGCCGGAGAUUCAUUUGUGGCAGGGUUUCUAUACAAAUUCAUGAACGAUGAAAGCCCCACGUUAGUGGACUGCAUUCGAUACGGGUGUAAAGUGGCCGGGAAAGUGAUACGGCAAGUGGGAUGUAAUUUACCCUCCAGCGUUCCAUCAUCGCCAUCGAUUGCCCCGACUACAAAAGAGGGGAUGAUUCCUUGAGAUCGUGAUCGCCGGGCACGGCAGAAAGUGUGUCUCUGAACUUUUAUCAUCCAGGAAGAGCAUGUUCCUUUACUCUUGUUUUGCUACUUAACAGAUUUGGCUAGGUGCUUGCUGCAUGGUGAUUUUGCUAUUACUGCAUUAGUUUGGUUAAGGGUAAUUGUUACAAAAAGUUGUUAGUCGUCAAUAUUUAUAAAUGCACCUUACGUACGCGUACAUAUAAACUAGAUUAAAAGUUAUUUUACUCCCAUGAAAGAAAUUGUUCUACAUUUAGAGUGUUUGGUUAAGUAUGUGUAAGUGUAGGUAAUUCAAUAUCACAAUAACUAUUCUGUAAAACUUCUUGUGUAAAGGGCGCUUUCGGAAAGCUAAUUUCAAAAGAGUACAUCA